AUGGUGAUUAACUGCUUUUCAGCUCCCAAGUACAGUCGGUUGUUACUUCGAUUUCUUUUGGGUCUGUUCUGUUUCCUGGUUAUCAUAAUUACUUGUGGAUUAACUGUAUUCGAUAGACAACAUAACAAUAUCAUCCAAGACUACAUGGCUAGAGAGGAUGACAUGGUCAUCUUGUCAGCCACAUUUUUCAAAAACUCAACAGCUUAUAAGCCAAACACAGUCGUCUUACUACUUAAUGCUCAUCAAGUUUUUUAUAUGAAAUACCCAUAUAUCUUCAUUUCGUACAUAAAUGGAUCGAACUACAUUCAAGCACCUUUCAAAAUAGAACAAGUUAUCGGGCAAACACCGUUUUACUGCAAAUGGGUUCCCUACUUGGCUAUCGGCCAGGUGCCUGACAAUGCCACAUCUGUAGAUGUUCUAAAUGAUAUGGGCAAUAGCUUCCAGAUCAAUUUGCGAACGCCUUACAAUGAAGAGCAUGAUGUUGUCGUUUGUUUCACCCCUCUCUUCAUGAACGAGAAAUGGCAACUGAUGCUUCUAUCAGCAGAAGUUUAUACCCAUUAUGGAGCUUUUAUGCAUUUCUAUGUAAGAAGCAUGAUAACAGACUUAUUUGAACUUCUUACACUUUACAAGAAUUCAAGAAUCACAGCUUGGCCUGGUGUUCGCUUAGGCCAUGAUAGAGCAUCCGGGCCAACUUUUGAUCCUAAUCUAGAACUCGAGUUCAGAAAUCAAGCUUCAGCCAUGACUGAUUGUCUUCUACGUUAUAAGGAAUCGGCCAAGUAUAUCAUUUUCCCUGAUCCCGAUGAUAUCAUUAUACCUCGACUAGGCGACAGAACUUAUUUCGGAGAAUUUCAGAAGGUUUUCGUUCAUUUCCCCAAUGCCGCAGUGAUUGCCUACAACAUGUCUCAGGCUGCACUAUCUGCAGGAAGUUCUCCUGAAUCAUUCUCUAUUCCAUCAACUUUAAAAUCAAUUCACUUCAAAGGAGAGACAAGAUGGGGGAAGCUGGUGGUCAAGCCAAGCUUAGUUGAUAGCGUAUGGAUUCAUGAGAGUUAUGGAAUCAAGAAAGGUUAUACACAGUAUAGUCUUCCUGUAUACAAUAACUCAAUCAUACAUCUUCGAUACUGGAAGGAGAAUAACGGUUUGAAGGCGAAAACUCUAACGAUCCCCAAAUAUGAUCCCUUAUUACUCAAAAAUGGAACAGAGGAAUUAAUUCCACAGAAAGACAUAGAUCAAAUAGAAAGAACAUUCGCUACUCGCAUGCAGAUGCGAUUAGCCACUUAUCAAAACAUGUCGAGCACACCUCUCUAUUAUCCACUUAUUGAAAAAUGCUAUAAUAGGAUAUUCUACAAUGGAGAGCAUCAUGGCACAUGCAAGGGGCCUGAGCUGUGCGAUAUCCCCUCCUUCCCAGGGGUGCGAUGUGUGAAUGUCAUCAACACAUUCGAAACUUUACCAAACUAUAAUAAUAUAUAUGUACAUCAUCUCCUCUCAUAUACAUUCGAGCAGUCAUACGAUGGUUGUAGAGUUUAG